AUGGACAUCCGUGUAUGUCGUAGUUGGAUGUACAAUAGGCUAAAUCCUCAUAAAAAGGGGUACACUCCUGAAUUUUUACAAGGGCUAAAGGAAUUUGUUUCCUUUGCAAUCCAACAACCUGGCAUAUUAAAUAACGAAAUUAGAUGUCCGUGUUCUAUUUGUAGAAACAUUAAUUUGUUACACUUUGAAGAAGUUAAAGUUCAUAUUUUCAAGAAAGGAUUUACUCCUGAUUAUUGGUAUUGGACAUGUCAUGGAGAAUUUAAUCCAGAGUUGUGUAUCGAAUUACGUAGGAAACAAUAUGCGCAAGAGGGACAUAGCAACCAUCACAGUAGAUUUGAGGACAUGGUGUAUGAUGUUGUUGGAUCACAAUACCAAACACAAUGUGAUGAAGAUUCAGAAGAGUCUCCCGACAUUGAUGAUCAAAAUUUUUACGAUUUACUAAAUGCGGCUCAGAAGCCGUUGUGGCCCGGAUGCGAUCACACAGAAUUGUCAGCUGCUGUUAGAUUGUUGACGAUUAAGUCAGAGGGAAAUAUUUCUCAACGUUCUUUUAAUCAAAUGGUGGCACUUAUGAAGGAGACGAAUCCUCCAAAUAAUUGUGUCCCUCAAGAUUAUUAUAGGGCUAAGAAAAUAGUUUCAAAACUUGGUUUGACUGCAGAAAAAAUAGAUUGUUGUGUAAAUGGUUGCAUGCUUUUCUACACCGAUGAAUGUAAACAAUUAAAAGAAUGCAAGUUUUGUAACGCACCUCGUUAUGAGAAAAAAAAGAUUGGUAGGGGGAGAUUCAAGGAAGUGCCAAUGAAGAGAAUGCACUUCUUACCCCUAAUUCCUAGACUUAAGAGAUUAUAUGCUUCAAUGAGCUCAGCUCCACAUAUGAGGUGGCAUUAUGAAACUAGGCGGGAACCCGGUGUGAUGUGUCAUCCAUCAGAUGGGGAGUCGUGGAAACACUUUGAUCAAGUUUACCCCGACUUUGCUGCUGAACCGAGGAAUGUAAGGUUAGGUUUGUGUACAGAUGGCUUUGCACCAUUCAAUCAUACAACCUCUCGUUAUUCAUGUUGGCCUGUGAUUGUAACCCCUUACAAUCUUCCUCCUGAACUGUGCAUGACAACUCCUUACAUGUUUCUAACUUUGAUUAUUCCUGGACCAAAAAAUCCAAAGAGAAAGAUAGAUGUGUAUUUGCAACCAUUGAUAGAUGAGCUAAAAUUGUUGUGGAAUGAAGGAGUGCUUACACAUGAUAUUUCUAGAAAACAAAAUUUUAAAAUGAAAGCUGCAUUAAUGUGGACAAUUAAUGAUUUUCCUGCAUAUGGGAUGUUGUCUGGUUGGAGUACAGCGGGAAAAUUAGCAUGUCCUUAUUGCAUGAAUCAAUCAAAGUCAAAAGCUUUUUACUUAGAGUAUGGUAAAAAGUGUUCUUGGUUUGAUUGUCAUCGUCAAUUUUUGCCUAUGAAUCAUGUGUUUCGAAGAAAUAAGGAUGCCUUUUACAAGAAUCGAAUAGUGAAGUUUCCACCUCCGCGACUAUUAACUGGGGAUGAUGUGUGGGAAGAAGUUUCUUAUCUCCCUAAAAUCACAAAUGUUAACCCUUGUAUAUGUGAUGGAUUUGGUGUGUCUCAUAAUUGGAAAAAACAAAGUAUCUUUUGGGAGUUACCUUAUUGGAAAGACAACUUAAUUAGACACAAUCUUGAUAUGAUGCAUAUUGAGAAGAACAUGUUUGAUAAUGUAUUCAAUACAGUGAUGGACAUCAAAGGCAAGACCAAAUACAAUGCUAACGCAAGAAAAGACUUGAAGGAGUAUUGUCGAAGAAAAGAGUUAGAACUACACGUACUACCUAAUGGGAAAGCAUUGAAGCCUAAAGCAAAAUAUGUUUUGUCUAAUGACCAACAAAAGGCUGUGUAUAAAUGGAUCUCUGAGUUAAAAAUGCCUGAUGGUCAUGCUUCAAAUUUGCAUAGAUGUGUAAGCAAGGAUGAAGGGAAGCUAAUCGGAAUGAAAAGUCAUGAUUGCCAUGUAUUUAUGGAACGCUUGUUACCAAUUGCUUUUAGUGCACUUCCAAAUAAUGUGUGGAGUCCUAUAGCCGAGUUGAGUAAAUUUUUCAAGGAUCUAUGCUCAACAAUUUUGCGCGUUGAUGAUUUAUUGUUGAUGGAACAAAACAUAGUGAUUACAACUUGUAAGUUGUAA